AUGAUGAUGGCUGAUUCAAACCCCUCCACCUUAUACUCCAAAUUCUUUCGGACUCAUGUCACCUUUCGUCUCCUCUGUCACGCCUCCCGCGUCGGCGCCAUCAUAGGCAAGUCUGGUGUUCUCAUCAAGACACUCCAGGAGGCCACUGCCGCCAAGAUCCGAAUUGAGGACGCUCCGCCCGAAUCCCCUGACCGAGUCAUCCUCGUAACUGCCUCUGCCACCACCUCUGCUGCUGGCGAGGUCUCCAAAGCGCAGGAGGCGCUGCUCAAGGUCUUUGACCGGGUUCUCGAUGUUGCCGCCGAGACUGCGGGCACGGAGGUCGGCGACCGCGUUGUCUCUUGCCGCUUGGUGGCAGAUACAUCGCAGGUUGGCGCUAUAAUCGGCAAGGCCGGGAAGGUCGUUGAGAAGAUCAGAAGUGACACCGGAUGUAAGAUUAGGGUUUUGAGCGAUGGUUUGCCUGCAUGCACUUCUCCCUCAGAUGAAAUAGUUGAGGUCAGAUGGUUGGUUUGUUUGUUUGUUUUUCGUUGUUGGAUUGGAUUUUGA